AUGAAAUCAAUAAUUUUUCUUUCUCUUCUUUAUUUUUCAUGUGUAUGUGUAUCAAAGAAGUACAUCUCUUUUGCCGAUGCUGAUGGCACACAGACAGUACUUCGCGUCGACUCAUGUUAUUAUUACAACACGAGGUACUACAAAUUUGGUGAAAAAGAUGAUCAGGUCCAGCAAUUUUAUUCGACAAAAAAUGAUUGUGGCAAUUGGGAAGAAACCAAUGAAUUCGACGCAAGUGUUUUAACAAUCAUUGAUAAACUUCCUGAUUUCUCUGCUGCUGAGUACUCAUACAGUGAUGCAUACAACUGUGAACUUAUGCAAGACGAUGCAAAACCAAUGGAACGGAUAUACCCAAUCGGAUGUUUUAAGUACACCAACGACACCUCUAUGAAACUUGAAGUAAAUGAAAAAUCAAUAACUUUUAAUGAAUACAGCAAGUUAAACUGUGAAGGCGAUAUCAAGAAAUCAGACGUUAAAGAAAACAAAAAGUGUUUAGAACUUGUAAAAGGAAGGUUUUAUAUAUACUCAGAUGGCACAAAAAGUCAAAUCAUUAUUCUGAUGGCCGUUGUUAUGCUUUUAUUCUUCAUAUAA